UUCAGUCAACAAUCUUCUCUUUGACAUAUUAGAAGUAACAAUAAAUGGCUUCUUUUCAAUCUCAAUACUUCUUCCCCCAUUUUCCUCCACCGCCCUCGCCCUCCACAACACCACCGUCUCCUGCUCAUUUUAUGUCACCGCCACCUCCACACGUCGUCCCACCACCGCCACAUGUCAUCCCACCACCUCCACAUUCCAUCUCACCACCUCCACCACAUGUAGUCCCGCCACCUCCACAUGUCGUCCCACCUCCGCCACAUGCUGUCCCACCACCACACCCUCCACAUAUUUUACCACCUCCCCCGCCUCAUACUAUCCCUCCACCACCUCCAUCUCCACCAGGGCACCACAACACAGUGAUCAUAGUGGUGUUUGUCUCAUGUGGUGGUCUAUUUUUCUUGGCAUUCAUGUUAGCGGCAUUGUGGUGUUUCCUCAAGAAAAAGAAGAAGGUUGUUAGAAAAGCCGAAAAUGUCCAUAUUGACGAACAUAAAAAGGUCACUGAGAAUAUCGUACAAGGACCACAUGGGGAAACUGUGGUUCUUUCAGUUGAAGACGAUAUACACAUUGAAGAAGAUAUCAAGAAAAGUGAAGUUGAGGAUUUCAGAAAAGGCUUGCAUAGUGAAAACUACAUUGCUGGUCUGGUUGAUGCAGGAGGACCAUCAUCCUCUAGUUCUGGCCAGCUCCACCAUGGGCACAAGGUCUAGUGUCUACGGUGGCACGGGCUUCUAAUUCACAACAAAUUGGUAAAAUAAAUAAAAAAGUUAAUAUUGUUAUGCAAUUUUUUCAUUGUUUGAUUAUUUCCUGAUGUAUAUCAAUUUGUAUUAACUUUAUUUUCUAAGCGAAAAUAGUUAACUAA